AUGGAAUUGGGCCGUGCGAGUCAGCCGGGAGAGAGGGGAACAGGAACGGAUAGGAAUUCUCCCCAAGAUAUGAAUAAGAAGAAGAAACGGAGAGAAAAGGCGGACGACAAGCGGAGGGGAUGGCCGUUAGGACGAUCGCCUGGUGCUCGAGGUAUGAUUCUAUGGACUUUUGUCGCUGUGCUGCAGUGCACCGUGAAAGGCAUCCAUUCCAUCCUUCGCUUCUCCACUCACUGGGGCCCCCUAGUCACUGCCAAUCAAUCAGUGGACGCUGGUGGAGCAGCCAUCAGGUGGUUGGAGGUGGGUAGGGCAACCAUCAACACUACCUACUACUCGUUGUUCACCUCCACCACCUUCACCUUCACCUUCAGCUUUACUAUACUACCAACUCACUCUUCUCUAUCCACCUUGAUCUUCUCAUUCUCUUCGUCUACUCAGCUCAUCUCUGUAUCCAUCAUGCCCUUCACCACCCCCCCUUCAAUCCCGACCAAGGGCGGCACUGGUCUUACUUGGACACCCCCCGUGCUCCAAACUAACGCCAAUGCGGUUCCUCACUUCCCCUCCGCCGGACAAGGGAUUGGAUCUCCUUGA